UAUAAUUUAAGUAUUUGAUUUCUAAAGAGGCCGGAAAACAUUUCCGUCCAAAAGGAUCGUUUGAAAUUUGACUCGCUAACCGAUCGGCGACGGCGUUCGGCAACGUCGAGUUCUUCCGGUCAUCCUAACCCACUUUCCAGUUCAGCCCUAAUCUCUCUCUACUGCAUCUUCACUCAGCUGCCAUCUUGCUCGGAAAUGGUGUUGCUUCAAUCACUCUGUUCGCCUUUAACCAAAAAUCACUGGUAAUAUAGCCUGAGACAGCGGAAGAGGAGAGGAGUAGCAUGGGGGAUCUAUAUGUGUGGCUCGUUUCAUUCUUCUUUCUCAUAGCUCUUCUGAUUGUCCUUAUAUAUCAGCUCAUGUGCUUGGCAGAUCUCGAGUUUGAUUAUAUCAACCCUUAUGACUCUGCUUCUCGAAUUAAUAAAGUGAUUUUUCCGGAGUUCAUUUCUAUGGGAGUUUUGUGCCUCUUCUAUCUUUUAACGGGGCAUUGGGGUAUGUCAAUACUUUGUGGGCCCUACAUAUAUUACAAUGUGAGAAUGUAUCUACGAAGACAGCACCUGAUAGAUGUUACAGAGAUAUUCAAUAUGCUAAACUGGGAAAAGAAGCAACGGCUUUUCAAACUAGCCUAUCUAGUUUUCCUCCUCUUCCUAUCUGUAUUUUGGAUGAUAUAUUAUGCUUUGGAAGAUGAUGAAUAAGUAGAAAUAAUUGCUUGCAUGCAGUUGAUUGUAACUUAACGGCUUGUGAGUUUAAUUUCUACCCUUCAGUAUCUCUUUCUGAAGCUCCCGCACCUUGCAGAUUUCAAUGACAUUCUUGUUGGGCUAGGAACUUGGGUUCUAUUUUGGAGAGAGGUUUAGCGCUGACUGGCUCUAAUUUGCACCUUCCCCACUUCAAAUCAGGCUUGUCAAUACAUUCUGUUAGUUACUUUUCAUGGUUGAAAUAACUAUGAUGAAUGAUGUCUCCCUCCCACACACAAGCUAGCACAGACAUUUUAGGCAAUGGCAAUUCCUAUGUGACCAUGAACUCGAUUUAUAAUUAUGGAGGAAUUUGAGUCUAAAGGGAACAAGUGUUUAAGACUCACAUUCUUUA